AUGCGAAUUCCCUCCAUCCUCAGCCUCCCGGCAUCCAUCCUCCUCAUAGCCUCGCACACAGUCUUCGCAGAAGAGCAAUUGCCAGCACCAUUGGUAGGAGCACAAGCCAAACGCUCACUAGAAAGCACCGAUCGACGACGAGAUGUGGAAGAGCAUCUGCGACUAGGAAGAAAUCCUGUGGGAGUUAUGAAAAUGAGUCCUGAUGAGGGAGAGAAGUUCUAUAUGGAAUAUUGGCAAUUUGAGAAAGACCAAGUGCAAUCGCCGAUGUUCAGCACUCCUUUAAGAGCUAGGGAUGAGGAAGAGGAAGCUAGAUUGUUGGCGAAUGCAUCUGCGGCUAUAUCAUUUCGGCCCCCGUUUGCGCUGCAUUCAGAUUUCGGGACAGCAUAUGGGGAUUUAAGAGCUCGGAGGGCAAUGGAGAGUGUUGCGGUCCUUGCUGCAUUACAGAAGAGAGAUUUUGUUUGUCCAAGUGGGACGACGAGUUGUGACGGGAUUGGAUACCCAAAUAGCUGUUGCGGUGCGAAUGAGAACUGCUUUAAGAUUCAGGAUACCGGGUUGGGACCCGUCGGUUGUUGUCCUGUGGGAGGUAGUUGUGGGGGGACGAUUACGGAUUGCAAUGCGCCGAAUACUGCUUGUGCUGCUGAGCUGGGAGGGGGAUGCUGUAUACCAAACUUCGUUUGUGAGGGCGUUGGCUGUGUUAUGAAUUCAGUGACAACGAUAGUUGUAACUCGAACCCUCAGCAGCACUAAGGCGUCCUCGAUUUCCGUCUUAACAACCACGCAAAUCAGCACAAUCGUUAUUGCUUCCACUACGGCAACAGCUACAUCAACCCCAUCUUCUUCAUCUUCUUCAUCUGCAUUCAGCCGGAGUUCCACCACAACCUCAGCAAGUUCAGCAACAGGCGUAGCUCCAGUGCGUCCUACAAGCGCUACAUCUACAACUACUUCCUCAACAGGCCCAACUCAAUGUCCCACCGGAUUCUACGCUUGCGAUGCUUACUACGCUGGAGGCUGUUGCCGAACAGGAAGGGACUGCCAAACAACAUCAUGUCCAGUAGCAAGCUCCACGACUAUCAUAAGUACUGGGGUUACGGUUGUCGUUCCUGUCGGCUCAGCAGCUACCGUCAAUAGCCCAACCGGUGCCUGCGCGAGCGGAUGGGCAAGUUGUGCGGCUAGUGAUGGAGGAAAUUGCUGUCCUAGCGGAUGGCAAUGUGGAGCCAUGAGCUGUUCGUCAAUCUCGCCGACUUCGACUGCUGUGGCUCAGAAGGAUAGUCCAAAUAGGGCAUCGAGCCAGAGAAAGGGGGUAGAUCUUGCAGCUAUAUUGGGGACUUUGAUACUUGCUCUGAUGCUUGUUUAG